GCGGUGGAACUGGAAUAGGCGUGCUCGGCCACACCUCCCCAGCCGCCAGCUGUUAAAGCUCCCACGGAGGGACACCGCCGGGCUGCUCCUCCGACGGGGCGGCAAGAAGCGGAGGUGACCGCCUUACCGGGGCACGGAGAACUUGCCUGAGCCGGAGCCUCCCCCCCCGCGUUGCCUUUUCUCCGGGCAGGACCCGAAAAGCUUUGGAGAAACAUUUCACUGGGAGGUUGUUGAAGAAGGCAAGAAAAUGACGACGACACCUCCCCGAGGCUGCGGCAGCAUCGGUGCUGACUACUACCGGCUCUGUGACAUGCAAGAGGCCUGGGGGAUUGUCCUGGAGUCACUGGCUGCAGCUGGUGUCCUCGUCACCAUUUUCCUCAUCUGCUCACUCUUCUUUCUCAUCUGUAAAGUCCAAGACAACAGCAAGCGGCACAUGAUCUCCAUCUAUUUCUUCUUUCUCUUAGGCACACUCGGCAUUUUUGGUCUCACUUUUGCCUUCAUCAUUAAAGACAAUGGAAGGACUCGCCCAACUCGCUUCUUCCUAUUUGGAGUCAUCUUUGCUCUCUGCUUCUCAUGCCUCCUCACCCAUGCCUGCAACCUCAACAAACUAGUGAGAGGAAGAAAGCCCUUCUCCUGGCUGGUGUUGCUGCUCCUCAUUGUUUCCUUUGCCCUGGUACAAGUUGUGAUCAGCAUUGAAUACUUAGUCACCAUGCUAGUAAACCGGAAAGACGAUUUUCUGACCAUGCCUCCGAACGCAGCCAACAAGGACUUUGUCAUGCUUUUGAUCUAUGUGCUCUUCUUGAUGGCUCUGACCUUUUUGGUUUCCAUGUUCACAUUCUGUGGGUCAUACAAAAGCUGGAAGAGGCACGGGGCACACAUCUUUGUCACGAUCCUGUUCUCCAUUGCCAUUUGGGUGGUGUGGAUCACUAUGCUCACAAAAGGCAACGCAGUUUUAGGCCAGCGUGAGUGGGAUGAUCCUGUUGUGGCCAUUGCUCUGGUAUCCAAUGGAUGGAUCUUCCUGAUAAUGUAUAUUAUUCCUGAAAUUUGUUUCCUCACUGCCCCUCUCAAGCUGGAGGACUACCCUCCAGAAAAUGACUUCUGCCAGCCCAAAUUCCUAAAGCAGACAACUGGAGUGGACAACCGUGCCUACACCCAAGAUGAAAUUGUGCAAGGAGACACAGGAGACCUCAGCUACUCCCCAUACUCUUCUCACUUUCAGAUGAAGACCAUUGAACCCGAAAAUGAUUUCUCCAUCCCUCGGCCCAAGGCCCGGACAAGCCCAUACCAUGACUAUACUGGUGGGAAAGGCCCCAUGUAGCAGCUCCACAGGGAGCAAAGAGACAGAGUGCUCAUCAGCAGAGCCACGGGGAGUGGGCCGCAUGGUGGCAAAUGAGUCAAUCCUGCAGAAGAGACAGUGUCAACCCACACUGGCAAAAAGGGAGAGGGGUCCUCUUUUCCCCACACAGGCACCCUUGUAGCCCCCUCUCAUUCCUCAAACAACUUUCAGACACCACUCUGGCCAUCCUGUCCCCGCUCGCUUCGUUUCUCCGUGGGAUGGAGCUCACCCCUUCUGACAAAAGAACAUGAUUGGAAGAGCCUGUCCUGGCCUAUUUUCAGCAGGAAUGCUGCAGGGCUCGAGCAGCAGGAAAGAUCAUCAGCUGGGUCUGCGACCGGCUCUGCCCCAACCCAGGGUUCCCUCUGAUCAGCUUGUAGGGAUGCCUGCACCCCACAUCUGAUAGGAGAAGAGGCAGGAGCAGAUUCAUCAGCCCUACACAUCCCCACUCCUGCCCACCCAUGGACACAUCUCAGGUAUUACCAAGGACAUCUUAAUCUAUCCACCAUUAUGUUUGUGCCCUCUUCCAGCCCUGCCUGGCUCUCCUACAGAGAUCAGUGGAGAAGAGGCAGAGAGAGAGAGAGAUGGAGAAAGAGUAUCCCUUUUUUCUUCUCCAUGUUCACUUUCAACCCCUUCCUCAUCAUGUAGAGACCACAGUGGAGAGGGGGAAGAAAAUUUAGAGACAUAAAAACAUCUGCACCUAUUUACCCUGACACAUUUUCUGAUUUGUGCUCUAGCAUCAGCCUCCCUCCUAGCUCUGCCUCCUCACCACACACCCCAGCUGAGUUCCCCAGGCUGCCUGCCCAACCCCGCAAACCCUCCCUGCCCAACCCCUGCCAUCCCAGGCUGUGCAUCCCUGCAGACAAAACCUCUUCCAUGCAACUGCUUGCAAUACCCGGGUGGGAUUUGAUCCUGUGCACCUUGGGAGCUCUGCCUCCUUCCGACUGCAUCUGUGGCAUUAACACGAACAUUUCCCAAGCAGCCAGGUUACGGAGGGUGGACACCCUUCUUCCCAGGAAUGAGCGAGCGUGAGUGUGUGCGUGCGUGUGUGUGCGUGUGUGUGUGUGUGUGUGGACUGCACCCUGGCGAUGAGCAAGGAGUCUGCAGAGUUGAAUCAUUCUGUAGCCUGCUUUGCAUUUGGUAAAUAGCUUUCCACGAUAUUUCAUAUAUAAAUGCACAGAGCUCUCCAAGUGGGUUUGUAUGAUACACUGGUGUCUGACACAGCUGUAUAUUUAUUUAGUACUUUUUAUGUGGAAUAUUUAAUUAAUAAAAACCCGGACAGCCUGA